AUGUCCGAGCAAGUAAAGUGGGCGUUGAAGCGUCGCGCCUUGAUGGUGUCGCUAGGACGCUAUGAGAAGUUCGUGAAGGAUUUUGUGGAAGAGCGCGAUGUCGCUCAAGUGGCGUUGAGAUUAGAACGGUUUAAAACGUUGUGGUCCGAUCUCGACGAAGUGCAGUUGCAGCUUGAAGAAAGUGCAACCGAAGAAAGUGCAGUGGUCUGCAACCAGGAAACGCGAGCUGAAUACGAGAACAUUUGUUUUAGAGUGCAAUCGGAAUUAGAAAAUAAAGUGCCCGCCGUUAGUAGUGUCAUCGAACCGGCAACCAGAGCCGCUAAAGCAUUAACGGGUUUGAGACUCCCGACGAUAUCCCUACCGGAGUUUAGUGGUGAUUUUAUGCAGUGGCUGCCGUUCCGGAACACCUAUGAAGGCCUGAUACACGACAACACGGAGGUACCCAAAAUACAGAAAUUUCAUUAUCUAAGGGCCGCGCUAAAAGGUGAAGCCGCGCAAAUCAUAGAAUCCAUAUCGCUCAGCGCCGACAAUUAUGAUUUAGCGUGGGAUUCAGUGGUGCAACGGUAUUCAAAUGAAUACCUGUUGAAGCGUCGGCAUUUUGCGGUAUUGUUCGCCACCCCUGCUAUAAUGGAAGAGACAGCCAUAACGCUUCACAUGAUGGUGGAUGAAUUCGAGCGUCAUAAGAAAACGCUGGGGCAGCUCGGAGAGCCAAUCCAGCAUUGGGGCGGACUACUGGAGCAUCUACUUACCACAAAAUUGCCGAUGGAAACCUUGCGCGAAUGGGAGAAUUUUGCGACCACAGCUGACAAUCCAGAUUACGAUUCCUUAGUGGAAUUUCUGCGCAGGAGAAUGCGCAUGUUAGAAUCGCUAAUGGUGACGCAAGAGCAGGCCGCAGCCAUAUCAUCCCAGCGACAGCCAUCGCGGCGUGCCGCUUGCGAGAGCGAAGUAAUUGGUAGUCCUCCCUCAAAAAAUGUGAAGAACAUAUUGUUUGAUUUUUAG